CAACUAGAAGUUGGCGCACUGCAACUUGCUGAUUGGCAUCGCAUUCAAGUCAUCAAGAGAAAAAGAAAAAUGCGUUUGGCAAUCGUUUUCAUGUCGUGCUUGUUAUCAGCCUUCGUUGCAGCUGAGCCUUACUACCCUUUCGACUAUUCCGUACAACAUCCGUACUUCCGCGGUGGAUUGCCUUAUCCUUCGAUGGCUGAGCGCGUCGAUCAGGAAGAUGUAAACGGACGCUUGUUUAUCGCCACCGUGACGUUGACUCUGUCGACCGUCACGACCACCUCGACGGCCAUGGCUGUAACGACGUGCACCACAUCGACGGCCGCCCUUGUCGCCUGCGUCGCUGGCCGUCGACGUCGCGACGUUGUCCAGGAAUCCGAAAAAACUGGCCGGGGACUCUUCUACGACGAUAACGAAGCCGACAGUGAAAAAGGCACUUCCUUCUUGCCCAAGCCCAACAUGGUGGAGGAAUCAGCUGACCGUGCAGUUCGCCAACUAGCAGCCUACCCGAUUUUAAUUCAGCCGGGUAUUAACGCACCUGAAAACGUGCGUGCUGGUCGAUUGAUGAUGGCUUUCGCUACGUCUACUGUUACGGCAACGACGACUUCCACAUCGAUCUCGGCCAUGAUUGCCAUUUGCAGCAGCAUUUCCUCUUUCCGCACGUGCGGUUGAUUCUGCAUAUUCGCUGGCCAAAGCUGAUGCGCAAUAUGAUUGAAAAAGUAAAGCAUUUCGUAUCGUUAUUAUUUUGUAUCGUACUCGUUUGGUUUAGGGUAAAAUACACUUUGCAAAACAUUAGGAAA